AUGUCUCUAUGGCUUGUACUUGGCGCAAGCUCCUUUUCAUUACAUAUGAUCUGGAACUCGGUUAUCUUCAAAACCCACCAGCGCAAUGACUAUGUGGGAGUCAUAAUAACCGAGAACUUCACUGAAGGAGCAGAUUGGACUAUUCCGCCAUUCGCCACUUUCAAUGGAGGCCCUCAGGUUACGGUCUAG